UAGUUCGCGGUAGCACGAAUUCACGAACUGCUGCUAAAAGUGUCAAAAUCUGGAUCCUAACUCUAUCGUAGCAUUAAAAUCGGGCUACAGAUAUUUUUACUUAAUAAAGCCUAAAAAUCACCACUAUAGCGGGAAAGUCAUGUUGGAGGCAAAACACUUGGCCAAAAUUUUAGCUUUUGUGCCAUUUAGGUAGAGUUUUUAUUUUUUCUUUACAAAAAAAAAAUCACUCAUUCUAAUUCAUAGAAAAAAAAACUAUUCUCUCAUCUUUCUCCUCCUCCAUAGUCGAACUUAUUUCUCUAAUCAAUUUGGGUUUCUUUCUUCAACUUUGACAAAAAAAAAUCGUUUCCUUUUCCUUCUCUGCUUCAACGUUGCUUGGAUUGACUGAAACCCCAUUGCUACGGUGUUGCAACUGGAGAUUUCCGCUUCGCCGCUGCUAGGAUUCUCUCCUCACUGCCAACACCUCACUGAAAUUAGGGUUCAUAACCUUUGAUCAGUGUUGAUUCUUGUGGUUCAGUUUCUCCAAAUCGGUACCAAUCUUCAAGAUCUCAAAACCCAGAAUCAUUUUUUCGUUAUCUUCCCCUUUGUUGCUUCGUUCAAGUUUACACUUCCAUGCUUCUUCCCACCAAUCCGUCGUUACAGCAAGAAGAAAGUCUAUCAAAGUCAGGAGGAGGAGGUUUGCUUAAAAAGUUAGAGCAUGAGGAUGAUUCUUCUUCCUUCAGACAAGGGAGAGGUUUAUAUACGAGGAAAAAAGCGAGCUGGUUUGACAAGUGACGAGGAGGUUUCAGGGCUUUGCAUUGGCCUUGUGCUGCUACCAAGUAGUGGGUAUUGGAACUUGGAAGAUGGUACUAACUCUGUCGCUAUGGCUAAAGAGUCGAAGAAUGUCCAUCUGCGUAUUACAACUGGUAAGGAGAUCAAAGCACAUAUAUGGGAAACGGCAGGUCAAAAAUGUUUCAGUGCAGUCACUUCUGCGUACAGAUGUGCUGUUGGAGCUCUUCUUGUUUACAACAUCAGCAGACUGCAGACUUUUCAGAGGAAAUGCAUUAGUUUCUGAAAUGCAAGGGUUGAUCUUUGGUGAUGUCUUCUUGACCGUCGUCGUCUCUUCUCACCUUUCAUGCGGACAGUUACCUCUCUUGCAGAGAUUCCAGCGAUCUUAGGAUUGUUUUGCAGGUUGAAGAUGAAGUCCCUAGACUUAGGAAUUGUUUUGGUUUUUGUGUAUUUGGAUGAUAUAUGAAAUAAUGUAUUUUUUAUAAAUUUAAUGAAUGUACACUUUUAUUAUAGAUCAAAUUGUAGUGUCUAGAUGAUAAUUGGAGCUUUGUUAUAAAGUUCAAAAAUAACACAACAAAUAAUAUGAUAAAAAAAGCUAAUACUAAUAAUUAGGAAAAAAUAAAUUUUUAACCUCAUGUUCCAAACCCUAAACAUGCCCUAAACCCUAAAAUUUAUCUUUUAACUCCAAAUUCUGUUUUUAAACAUUAAAACCAUUGUUUACACAAUAUAGAAAUAAAAAAAACACAAUUUGUAAUUUUUCAAACUUUUAAAUUUUAUAACUUUAUAAUUAAACUCUAAUGUUUCACACUAUAACCUAUAAUCUUAAAAUUAAACUCAAAAUUUUUUUUAUCUUAAUCUAUAACUUACAAAACAUAAAAUCUUCAAUCAAACUAUAUACCCUAAACCCUAACUUCAGACAUAAACCACCUCUCCACUUAAUAAGAACCUCGAAUCUAAAUUUUAAUACUUAAAAUAACUAAUUAUUCAAACCCUAUCAUGAAAUUUUUAAAAAUCAUAAAUCCACAUAAUUCAAAUCGAAUUUAUAUUAUAUAUGUUAAAUUAUAAUAUAUAAUCUUUAAAUUUAGGCAAAUUCUCAUAAUUCUAUACCCUAAACUCUAUUUCAUAAACCAUAUUUCAUUUCAUAUACCCCAAACAUUAAUAACAAAAUUUAUAUUUUAACAAUUUUAAUUGAAAGUUAAAUUUUAAAAUUUAAAAUUGUGAAAUUUAAAUCUUCGAAUUUUGUCUCAGAAUAUUUUUUGUACAUUAAUAUUUACACUAAUACUCAGUGUAUUAAAACAGAAAAUAGAAUGGGAAAAUAAUUACAAAAAUCUUAUUGGUCAAAACGAAUCGACCAAUAAAGUGUAAGGACUAGGAUCACACUCUCUUUUGACCAAAGCCGUUCGAUUAAGUAAAAUCUAAUGGACCAAAAUGAACAAGAUGAAAAGAUGUAUUUCUUCAUCGAGAUUCUUCUCUUCCACUUUCUCUACUUUUCCCCUCUUACCUCUCGUAUUCUUCUCUUCCACUUUCUCCAUGCCUUAAAACAAAAUUGUCUCAACCACCAUCACAAUUAAUAAACGAGAUCAAUAAAUUCAUCUCAGAUUCACCUUUGUUUAGAAAGUUCAUCUAAGAUUCAGUUUCCUUUUUUUUAUUUAAUAGGUUUAUACGAGAGAAAUGCAAUUGUCGAGUAAGCUAACAGAGGCUCUGGAGGACCUGUGCCGUAGCCAUCUCAAAGCAAAGAAAAGGUAGUGGCCGUGACCAAGAGGAGACAUCUCGAACUCACCCCCGUCUCAACCCGUCGUCACCGGUCUUGAGCUUGUCAUCACCGGUCUCGAACUCGUCCCUAUAGUCAUCGAUGGUGUCGCGGGAGGAAGGAGGAAGACAUGGAGAAGAAAGAGGCAAAGGAGGAAGGAGGCGGCAGCAGAGAAAUUAGGUUUAGGGUUAAUUAUGUUUAGAUUUUUGUUUAGCGUUAAUUAGAUUUUGGUCCAUGUGUUAUGGUUUACUUAAUUUUUUAAUUCUGGUUUAGUUUUGUAAAAAUAAUUUUAUUUGUAAAUUAUUUUAAUUAAUAAAUAUAAUUCAAUUUCAAUUUUAAA